ACAUUCUGUAAAAAUAUUCAAAUUCAUGUACAUUAAUUAUUGCUGAAAUCAGAAGAAGUCGAACGGGCGCUAAGUGAACACACACGACACCGAGACGAACGAAAAAAACUGGGAAAUAGUGCAAACAAUAAUAUAAUUUGUAAAAAUAUUCAAAUAUUAAGUUAAUUUGUACCGAACAAAAAUGGUUUACGAAAGUGGAUUUACUACCCGUAGGACCUAUACUAGCAGGCCUAUCAUUAGCUCAUAUGCUGUAUCGUAUCCGGUUGAACAUAAGGUUUCACGUGUGUAUAAAACGACCUAUCCAAUAUACUCGUCGUACACAAUUCCAAAACGGGUAUACACUGGAGCACGUAUUUAUACUUCACCUGUUCGAGUUGUAACUUCCCCAGCUCGCGUAGUGACACGCGUUAUACACUCACCAUCUCCCAUACGUGUUCUUCGCACAACUACACGGGUUAUUUCCUCACCGGAACGUACAAUGUCAUACACCUACAAAACACCGAAGAUAUAUAACUCAUCAUAUUUACCAGCAACCACUUAUAGCUCGUAUUUACCCUCUACUUAUGUAUACUCCACUCCAUCCUAUUACUACUCGCCCAUAUCUCGUGUGUUCACCCGCUCCCUGAGCCCUCCAAUCAGGAUAACAACUUCUCCAGUGCGUUCUUCAACAUCCUAUUUGAAGAGAACAUUACCAGGAUACGGCGCUCGUGCUCUUACCAAUUACCUCAACACUGAACCCUUUGCCGCUUUUCAGGAAGAAACGAACCGUAUUCGCCACAGAGCGCAGUCGUUGAUUCGUGAUAUCCACUCUCCAAUAGUUCGCAGAUCUCGUAGUUGCACACCAUUUCCUGUAACUGGAUAUACUUACGAGCCAACAUCUAAGCUUGCUCUUGAUGCGUAUGUCGAAAGAAUAACUAAUCCUGUACGUCAUGUAGCCAAAGAAGUUCAUAGAAUCUCUCACUAUCCUGAGCCAGCUAAAAAAUAUGUUGGCAAAAGUCAUCUCGCUUCAGUGAGGAUUUGCGGUGAUAAAGCAUAUAAUAUUAGAAGGCCAAUGUACGAUUCAGACAAGGUCCGCACUGAUAUAAAUCUUCUAUCAUGGUAUUUAAGAAAUCCUCAUGGAAAAGGUGACAAAAAACAUAAGGAGAAUUAUUCCGAGAAAGCAGUUGAUGCUGUUGAAGUUGAUGCCUAAAUGAUUUAUGCCUGCUUUUGAUAUGGAUUUGUAAUUUAAGUACAAUGUAUAUCUGAUUCGUAUAUUCUUUAUAAAAGCUUGUUUCUCAAACUACUCGUAACCAAUAUCGGUGCUAACAAAAAUUUUAACCGGCCAAUAACUUGCCAUUUAUGACUAGAAAAAAUAAAAGUCACAUAUAUACGUUUUAAUAAAAUUUACGCAUCUUGUAAAAGUAAUGAUAUCAUUUACAUAUCCAAACUUCACUACUAUAGUAAAGGAUUUUCGAAUAUUUUUUAACAGGUUAAUUUAUUGAUGUGAAUAUAAAAAAGAUUUAU